UUAUUUUGAAAGAGGAAGCACUACUGUCGCCCUCGCUACAACGACUGACUUGCCAAACAAAACCUAAGCUGCUUGCGGAAGCAACAAAAAUAAAUCGGGGUGAUUCACAGAAGGAGGAGCCGUUCUACCCUGUGGAAGUCACAUGAAUGAAAAGGAUGAGGCCUGAUCAACUAGGAGGCAGCUUAAGGAAACAGCCGCUGCAUAGUGUGUGUCCCAGGGUGGGGGAUUUCCGUUAUCUGUAAAGCCCCCCUGUAGUCUCCCGCCCUGAUUAUAUGCAAUGAAUAGUACCACUCCGUCCCCCACCAUUAAUGGGGACGUGGCGGUGGGCUAUGUUUUGGUGCCAUUCUUCCUCAUCACCAUCAUUGGAAUAGCUGUAGCAGUGGUCUUGUACGUUCGUAAGAAACAGAGACUUGACAGACUCCGCCAUCAGUUGUUGCCAAUUUACUCAUAUGACCCCUCAGAGGAGGUAAAUGAAGCUGAACAAGAGAUGCUGUGGCGAGAAGAGGACACUAGAGUCGUUCAAGGUUGGGCAAGAAAUUAUCAGCAGCGUCGCCCUCUUCUGACCAAAGAUGCCUGAAGAAUCCAAACCGCGGCAAUGCCAGAGAAUACCUGCACUAACCGCAAGCAUCGUCCUUUGUUUGUUUUGUGGGAGAACACCGCCGAGCCCCAAAUCUUCAAGUGCAACAAGCAAGGCAUAAUUAGUAACAUGUUGAAGGACGCAUUCAACCUUGACCGUAUUUAGAUAUUUAAUCACAAGUGUUCACUGAAUUUCAUUGUCCAGUGUUAAAAGAGGUGCACCUUCUCUGGGACAGAACACAUUUACUUCAGUCUUGAAUAAGUGAGCUGUUAAUGAAUGGAUAUUUCAUGUGAAUUUCACAUUCAAUUUCACUCAAGGAAUGUCCGGGCUCCGUUUUUGUUUUCAUUUACACAGAAAACGAGGACGAGUUCCGAUCUGUGAUCUGGAUCUUCAAGUGUUUUUUGCCAAAUCCUGUGAGUCACGUGGAAUCCAUGAAAACGUCAAUUUGAACAGAAACAAGAUCCAGUGUUCUGUUUGAAUGACUCCUGCUCCAAAUAUGUCCUGUGCGCAAGACGUGGCACCAUCAAAGAUACACCUCCAGCCAGAGAUGAAUGCCAUUGUUCUGACUGUACCCACAUUAACUUUAUUGCGCUCAGCAUGUUUGAAGCCACUCUGGACUGUGAUGAGCUUGUUUGUGUGGGUGCAUCACGUUUUAACAGUUUGAUUCAUUUGAACAAGUUAUGCAUUGCAAUGGGGAGAGAGGAAAUGUUUUGCGUGUUAUUUGGUUGAAUUGCGACACUCUUGUUGUGUUCCUCAAAAUGUUUUUAACUGUACAAUCAUGCCAGAGUUGCACUUGUUGCUGAGCCACUGAGUUCCACUUGAACCCGAAUGGACAAACUACUGAUGUAAAUUUGUCUGCACUGUUAUGAAGCUUCAUUUUUAAGUUUACUGGAAGGAGACCCUUUUUGUUGUCGUGUUUGCUGAAAUAAGACUGGAAGGUGACUGCAUUGUCCCUGCAUCACAUUCUAAGUCAUGACUAGUGAUUACACUGGCGGAGUGCUGACAGAAAAUAUACUUUGGGCCAAAACCCUGUUUUUUUAAAUUGUCAUUCAUAAAUGUACAUGUAGAUAUUGCAUUGAAUGAAGUGAUCCUCAAGCACCUGCGAACGUGUACUGAUUAGAUCUCUGACCCUAAAUGCCCCAGCCAGUGUGUGGCUAAGAAUUGAAAAUAUUAGUUGAGGUUCUUGCUUGAACAGACAAAUCUCCAGAUGUUUCCAGGUUGUGUGGCCGAAAAGGUAAAACGUUAAACGGUGAAUUUUCAGGCUGAACCAGAAAUGCACUACAAUAUAAUCAUUCCAGGCUAACUUAAUUUUACCUCUAAACAUUUGAAUGGAUGUCCAACUGCUCAAUGUUUCAGUACUUUUUGCACAACUUAUUGAUCCUAACAGCAUUGCAAAAUACUUUUUCCCCCUAGGACGCCCGUUUCAAUGCCUUUCUUUGAAACCUUCCAGUUUCUAUAUUUGCUGUAACCCUCUGACAGCCGUAAAACUCAAAUAUCUGUGGCUCUCUCCUGGGAAAUCCUCUUAGCUUCGCAUCGACAAGAUUCAGUUGAUAUUCAGUGUCUUGGUGCUAUGAUGUCAAAACGUGAACAGCAGAGGAUGAUUUGAAUACCAGUUGUCAUAAAACCAGGAAAGCUCAUUUUGGACCAAAAAAAAAUGGUGAAACACGGAGCAGUUGGACAUGAAGAGUUAAGACUACCGGUAGGUCAAAUUCAUUUCGCCUGUCAAGGUUUUAGUGAAUUUAAGGUCUGUCCUGAAAUUUCAGCCUCAAUCCAAAUAUUGCCAGCUAGAAUAGAACGAAGCAUAUCUCCAAUUCCUGUUUUGAACAAAUGAGAGAACAACGACAGAAAAUUAUCUUUAUUGACCAUUUCAUCUCAUACAAAUUGUCGGGCACCAUAGAAAAUAUAUACAUUGCACAUUUAUAUACGGUGUCCAUUAAAAAGAAUGAUCCCAUCCUCAACAGUUUACAGUAUAUAAAUGAACAGAUGUAGAUGUCAGUUUGUGACGUGCAUCGGAUUUUGCAGAAGAUGGACAAAAAAAACACUUCAUGGCAAUUGUUGGGCAAAAAGCAGAAAAGGUAUCCAACCUUAAAAUGUUUCAGUGCACUAGAAGAAAAAUAAAAACUUACGAAGCUACUACAGUCAGUGAACACAAUUGUCAAGCUGACAAGUCUCCCUGACUUGCUUCUCUCACACACACGGACACACACCAGCCAGAAUGCAAGGUUCAGGGCCGAGGCCUGUUUCAAUCAGUUAUAAAAAAAGAGGGGGGGGGGGGGGGAAAGUUUGUAAUCAAAAGAAAACCUGUCUGACUCAUGCCAGAGUACACAUUAACACAAAAAACAGUUAAAUGCACUGAUAUAAGCUCCUGAAUGAGGUAUGAAUGUCCAGGAAUGGUAUAGUCACUUUGCCGUUUUCUGGGUUUAUUACUGAGGUUGUAGCAGCUGAGGUGUGUGGAAGAACUGCCAUGGGGCCACUUCACUGUUCUUUUUUGUUGCUGUUGCAGGAAGCAAAACACGUCUUUAAAAAGGUUUAUUUCAACUAAGUAAGGUUAUGGGAACCCCUCUCGGUGAAUAAGUGGCCACAAGGUGGCCUAAAGGGGGGCAAAAAAAAAGAGCAGUACCGACUUUCAGUUUCAUUAUUAAACUGCUUACGGCUGUACAGUUUGUAUUUCAGUUGACUGGGCGUGUGCGCAGGCAAAACCGUCUGUAAAAAGCUCCCUGAACAAACGACACUGAUACUCUCGACCUGGAACCCUAUGCUUUAAAAUCGACAACACUUGAAAAGAAGCAGCACACACGUCAAUGGUAUGAAACUGGAAAGUAACAAAACUAAAAAAUCAAAUAAAACUAGAGAACUAGUUGUCUCCCCCACUACACAUCAAUGACAGAGGAGGCCGUUUGAUAAGCUAAAACCUAAAAUGUCCUACAUGAAGGAUCUUUCUACUUGUGAGCAGUGACACCGGGAAGGAGGGGUAAAAAAAAAGUAUACAUACCACCAGUGACAUAUUGUCAUCCUAAACACUGAAGCUCAACUCCAUCUAGCGUACGAUGCGAAGGAUAGGUUAACCACAUCACAAACACAAGUAUUGGUAAAAAUCACCUUUGUCCUGUACAAAACAGAAACUCUACAGGACCUACCAUCUCAGACGCAGGUAUAAUCAGUAAGCAAUAUUGAGUAAAUAGAAAACAAACAAAAAAA